AUGAUUCCUGAAAAUCUUCAUAAAAAUAAAAAAAAUAUUUAUUUCAAUUACAAGUAUGUAAAUUCAUCUGAAUUUGAUCGAAAUUUAAUUGAUACAUGCGGAUUAAAUAAUAAUGAAAUUUUAAAUACACAGGCAAUUGAAAAACUUUUGAAACUCGCAUUCGAUGUAGAUAAAUUUAAAAGUUUCUGUCAAUAUUAUUCUGUUUUAAGAAUACAAUCAGGCGAAGACUUGUUUCUAUGUAUGCCAACGGGAUCAGUAGAUAACACCAAGACUGGUGUUUUAUUUGUCACUGGCCCUAUUUAUACCCUUUAUAUGGGUUACGCCCAUAUAACAUCCCCCGUAUAA